CCUAAAAUCCUUUCUACUCUCACUUCCCCUUUCCAUCGUAUACUUCGCCUAUACACACAUAUAUACAUAUUUUAUAUAUAUCUCGUUUCUCUGUUAAUCAGAUCUACAUCAUCAUCAUCAUCAUCAUCAUCAUCAUCAAUGGCCAAAGAUCCAGUUCGUGUCCUUGUUACCGGUGCCGCAGGACAAAUCGGGUAUGCUCUUGUUCCGAUGAUUGCUAGGGGGAUCAUGUUGGGGGCUGACCAGCCCGUGAUCUUGCACAUGCUCGAUAUUCCACCAGCUGCAGAGGCUUUGAAUGGUGUUAAAAUGGAGUUGGUCGAUGCUGCAUUUCCUCUUCUUAAAGGAGUUGUUGCCACUACUGAUGCUGUUGAGGCAUGCACGGGUGUGAAUGUAGCCGUCAUGGUUGGUGGGUUUCCCAGGAAAGAAGGAAUGGAAAGAAAGGAUGUGAUGUCAAAGAAUGUCUCAAUUUACAAGUCACAAGCCUCCGCUCUUGAGAAGUAUGCCGCUCCAAACUGCAAGGUUUUGGUUGUUGCUAACCCAGCAAACACCAAUGCUUUGAUCUUGAAGGAGUUCGCACCAUCCAUCCCUGAGAAGAACAUUACCUGUUUAACAAGGUUGGACCAUAACAGGGCUCUUGGCCAAAUCUCCGAGAAACUCGAUGUGCAAGUAUCAGAUGUCAAAAAUGUUAUCAUCUGGGGUAACCACUCAUCAACUCAGUACCCAGAUGUCACUCAUGCAACUGUUGGAGACAAGCCAGUCCCAGAGCUCAUCAAGGAUGAUGAAUGGAUAAAAUCUGGAUUCAUUAGCACUGUGCAACAGCGUGGUGCUGCAAUCAUUAAGGCUAGGAAGCUCUCUAGUGCACUCUCUGCUGCAAGUUCUGCUUGUGACCAUAUCCGUGAUUGGGUCUGUGGAACUCCAGAGGGAACUUGGGUUUCAAUGGGGGUGUACUCUGAUGGCUCAUACAAUGUUCCUGCUGGACUUAUUUACUCCUUCCCAGUCACUUGCCGCAAUGGAGAAUGGUCAAUAGUUCAAGGUCUUUCCAUUGAUGAGUUCUCAAGGAAGAAGCUGGACUUGACAGCUGAAGAACUUUCUGAGGAGAAGGCUCUUGCAUACUCAUGCCUCUCAUAAAUCAUUUGUUAAAUUUUACCAUAGUCAUGUGCUAUGAAUGCUCAUACUAUCUGUGUGAAUUUCCAAGCAGCUUCUUUCACCCCCCAAAAUAACACCAUUUUUAAUUUCUGGUGAAAUAAAUUAUGGUGAGCUGUUUGUGAUGUAGUAGAUCCGUAGCUCUGUUGUAGCAGGGGACUUAUGAAUUUUUGAACACUUAUUGUCAUAGGCAGAGUUGCCAUCUCAAAUGAGAUUUUACAUUUUGUUUGUGGUAAAAAUGGAUUCCAUCA